AUGUCGCGGCCAUCGCAGAAAGAACCUCAACUCCCAAGUCCACUCGGCGGCCCACAUGUUCUCUUCGAUGGCUCGUUCAUCCUCGAGUUCCUGCAGCCGUCGCCCGAGCUGGAUGCGUCCGUCCUCAUGCGCGCGACGUAUGUUGGCGGACACGAGGCGACCAAGGCAGGCAAACAGCAUCCUCAGGCCCCUCCACUGCAUAUCCACUUCAACCAGUCCGAGUCCUUUGUGAUCGAAUCGGGCGCAAUCGGCACUACGACGACAUAUGACUGCGUAGACACCAUCCAUACAACAUCUGCGAACCUUCUCCAGGGUGUCCCUCGACCAGGUCUUUCUCCACCUGUUCCCAGCAGGACUGUGAAUGGAGUUACUGAGGUUCCGCCUUGGACGCCGCAUCAAUUCUGGCCUGUCGCCCCUGACCACCCCUUCUGGUCAACCGAAGAGGGACAGCAGUACGAGGCCGCUCUGCCGAAUGGUCGCAAUUCUGACUCGACAAUCCUCCUCUGGGGCCAUCCCCGGACCGGGCCUGAUGCGCCAACUGGGACAUUGGCGUCGGACUUUCCACCAGAUAUAGAUCCGGCGUUCUUCCUGGCUGUCCUGUCCCUCGUUGAUGCCAUCACUGCAAAGCGCGUCGCCAUGGGUUUGGGUACAGCAGCGACGCUAUUUGGGCUUCAGACGGAGAGUGACUCGGCGCUCCUCAUUGCACCAACCGCUUGGUGGCUUGGGCCUCUGAGAUGGAUGAUUCCGUGGUCAGCACAAUGCACGGUGGAGCGGAUUCGCAAGAUUUGUGGUGGAAAAGACAUUGUGAAAUUAGUGGAGGAGGUCAUUGCAGAGCAGGUCGUUAAGCGGCAGUAA